GGCGGUACUGAGACGCGGUAACAACAUAGUCCGUAUAAAAAGUUAUUUAAAAAUGUAUUUUAAGUGAAUUUAGUGAUGAAAAAUCGUACAAGUAACAAUAAACUAGUGUAUAUGACUAUAUAGUGAAGACAAGGUGCUAAGUUAACGAAUAAUAAAAAAAAAAACAACCUAAAUAAGUGAAGUGUAAGCAAACAACAAUCUAUAUUUUUUUUUUCAAGUCUAUACUCGCGAAUCCAGGAACUUAAAUUGAACUAGUGUUAAUCUAUGAAGGUGCCGGAGUGCAAAUAAAUGAAAAAUCGCGAAGAUAUCCUUUCUUUGGAAAAGCAUAACCUCACAUCUUAACAAGUGCAAUUUUAUAGUAAAAGAAACUGUGAAACAGCGCCAUCUAUUAGAAAAUAAGCACACUACUUUGGACUUACGCACAAUAAGAAACAAUAGUAUCCGAUUCUACUAGAGGGCGCAACGAGUACCAAAACAAAGCAGACACUAUGGAGGAAAUUAUGAUAGCCUUACAAAAUAUUCAAAAAGAAUUGAAAGUUCAAAAAUUAGAAAUUCAGAAAAGUGGCGAAAAGGUGACAGAACAAGUAACACUCAACAUAACUAACAAAUUAGAAGAGAAAUUUACAAUAUUGGAAGAAAAACAUCAAACCUUGAAAGAAAAUGUUGAACAACAAGAAAGAAGAAUCCAAUUUAUGGAAAAACAAGCAAGACAAAGAAACAUAAUUUUCUUCGGAAUUGAAGAGAACGAGACAUCCUACCAUAACUUGCAGAACAAUAUAUUGCAAUUCAUAAGGGAAAAACUGUCCUUAAAAUUGGAUUGUAGAGAUAUUCAGGAAAUAAAGAGAGUGGGGAAAAAAGGUGAGAAACCACGACCAGUAAUUGUAACUUUUUCUACCCUUGGUUCAAAGAUCAGCAUUCUUAAGCAAAAAAGAUUACUUAAAGACACCCAAUAUUAUUUUAACGAAGAUUACCCUAAGUACAUAUUAGAAAAAAGGAAAGAACUACAGGAAGAAGCAAAUAGAGAGCGCGAGAAAGGAAACAAAGUCACGAUAAAAUACGAUAAACUUGUUAUAUUCAAAUCAAACAACAAAAGAACACUGAUGACUUCACCGGAGUCAGAUUCCAAUUCUCAAGCACUAGUAAUUAAUAGUACAACCAGACCUAACAAGAAAAACAAAAUAAAACAGUCAAACCCAUCUAUACCCAGAUCAAACAGUGUCUCAGAAGGAGUUCUAAAACCAAGCAUUCUAAGCUACUUAAUAAACAAAUAG